AUGGCGGUCCAACGCAUCAACCGCUUGAUCCGGAAGAUGGAUAUGAAGCAAGUCAAUGCCGAAUUGACUUCUCCCAUGCGUGCCGAGACGAAUCCGGGUGUGUUUGUGUGUGAAGUCUCGCUGGCCGAUUGGACACGAUAUGUGAAAUGCGAACACCACGUGCUCAUGUCGCGCGCAAUGGCGUGGCACGAUGGCAAGAUCUACAUUGUCGAAUUGCCUGGGUGGAUUCACGAGAGUUUCUCGCGCUCUCUAGACUUUGCUGUGAUUUCUGCCACGGGUACGGGCGAAGAGCACUUGCUAUCGUGUGGAUCAACUUACGUGGACGCUCUUGCGCCCAUCGAGCCAGAUUCGAGCUUUGGUCCUGCCCGUGGAUUUGGCGCAACGCUGCCCCAUGGAAUGACCUGGGGGGAGUAUCACACGCUGAAAGUGGAAGUGGGAGUGACCAGAGGAUGGCCAUGCCUCGACGAAAGAGCCAUGCAAUGGAGCGCUUUUCCUGGAGUCGAAUACAUCCUCCUCAUUCGGCUGUCCCCCGAUCUGCAAGUCCACCAGUACAAGCUGCAUGCAGUGGUCGAUGGCACCAUCGUACCGACGGUUGCGAUACCUAUCGUCAAUCCCACCAACGUGGUGUUGGAGUCGCGCCGCCUGUUGGGGCUUCCAGCACUUGCACCGAUUCCAGCUCAUUUCACGGCCCCCCCAUCUAACCAUUGA